GAUCGACAGAAACUUUCCCUCUCCUGUCACCGGCCCUGCCUGCAAACAGCCGUGGCGCAGCUCGUUUCACGGGGAGCCUGCCCCCCGCGGUUUUUACGACGGGGCUAAUAGUCUACGCUUAUCAGCGGCGCAUGCUUCGGCGUUAUGCAACCAUGUGGCUGAAUCUGUGAUGCCGUUAUGCUUCGGAGAAUGGAUGCAGCCCGGCGCUCUCUGGAAUGAGGCUGGUGGUUGUCUUCGGCCGCCCGGUGCACGUCUGGCCCGACACCUAACUGUGCUCAACAUGCCGCUGGAAUCGGUGAAGCCUGGAGGGGCUUUCAAGCUGGGCUUUUUUGGAAGGGUAGAGAAGAGGUCUCUGGAUGCUCCGCGGCGCCCUGUCCUCGGCCGCCCUUUGCUACCCAAUGGCCGGGAGUUGACCACGAGCGCAAGGAUGACGCUGCGCAAGCAGCUGAGAGAGAAGAUCUCGGCGGCCUUUUACCGGCACGGACUGCUGUGUGCCUCCUACCCAGUACCCAUCAUCCUUUUCACCUCCGCCAGCAUCCUCACCUGCUGCUACCCGCUGCUCAGGCUUCCCCUGCCUGGGACCGGCCCGGUGGAGUUCACCACGGGGGUCCGAGACUACGGCGUCCCUUCCCACGAGCCUCAGGGAGACCUAGAGCGGCCCGAGUGGUACCACGGACCUCCGGUCGCCUACAUCCAGCAGGUGUUGGUGAAGGCAGCGGUGUCGCCGUGGGACAGCAGCCUCGUGCCGGUGGAUGUGUUUCGGUCACCUCUGGGUAAAGUCUUCAGUCUGCUGGAGGAGAUUCGCAACCACGUCCACUCCGACGGCUCUGGCGUCCGAAGCCUGGAGUCGCUGUGUCUCCAGGUGACGGACCUGUUUCCAGGCUUACGGCGGAUGCAGUCUGUGCUGCCGGAGCACGGCUGCCUCCUCGUCUCUCCUGGCAACUACUGGCAGAACCAGCGGGAUCUGUUCGACUCGGACCCGGACCUCCUCAAGACCAUUCAGAAACACGAGCCCAAAGGCCUGCACACCUCAGCCACACUGCGAGACCUGCUGUUCGGCGUCCCUGGUAAGCACACAGGAGUCAGUCACUACAACAGGAAACGAGUGGUCACAUACACGAUCACCGUGGUUCUUUCCAGCUAUCACGCAGGCUUCCUGAGCAGCCUUCGGACCCGCCUGAAGCAGCUCCACCCGUCGGCCAACUGCAGCCUGAGAGACGACCACAUGGUUCACAUCCACUUCAAGGAGGAGAUCGGCAUCGCUGAGCUAAUUCCCCUCGUCACCACGUACAUCAUCCUGUUUGCCUACAUCUACUUCUCCACACGUAAGAUCGACAUGGUGAAGUCCAAGUGGGGCCUGGCUCUGGCCGCCGUGGUCACGGUCCUCAGCUCCCUCCUCAUGUCCGUGGGACUGUGUACGCUGUUUGGACUCACACCCACACUGAAUGGAGGCGAGAUCUUCCCUUACCUUGUGGUGGUGAUCGGCCUGGAAAACGUGUUGGUUCUCACCAAGUCUGUGGUUUCCACCCCUGUCGACCUCGAGGUCAAACUUCGCAUUGCUCAGGGCCUUAGUAAUGAGAGCUGGUCUAUCAUGAAGAACAUGGCCACUGAGCUGUGCAUCAUCCUGAUUGGAUAUUUCACUUUGGUGCCAGCUAUCCAGGAGUUUUGCCUUUUUGCAGUCGUGGGGCUCGUCUCUGACUUCUUCCUGCAGAUGUUUUUCUUCACAACAGUGCUGUCUAUAGAUAUUCGCCGUAUGGAGCUGGCCGACCUGAACCGCCGCCUGCCCGCCGAAGCUGGCCUGCCGCCGUCAAAACCGGGACCCCUGCGAACUCGCGAGGCGCCCCCCCCACCGCGACCCUCCCCCCACACCAUCACCCUGCAGACGCCGGCCUUCAGGAACCUGAGGCUCCCGAAAAGACUGCGCGUCGUGUACUUCCUGGCUCGCACGCGCCUGGCCCAGCGCAUCAUUAUGGCUGGUACGGUAAUCUGGAUCGGCAUCCUCGUCUACACGGACCCGGCUGGAAUCCGCACCUACCUUGCUGCGCAGGUGUCUGAGCAAAGCCCCCUGGGGGACUCGGUAGGAGGCGGCUUAACCCCCCAUCUGGCGGUGGCCCCAGUUUUCCGUGGCGGGGAUCCUACCAGCACCUUGAGCAUCCAUUCGGCUCCCGAUCCAACUCCCCUACCUGAAAACCAAUCGCAGGGCCACCUUGGCCCAGCAGGACCUCUUCACCAGGCGCCGCCCUCUGUGCCCCAGAUCAGCUGGGGGGCCGAGGAUGAGGAGGGAUGGAGGAGACUGUCUUUUAGGCACUGGCCGUCGCUGUUCAGCUACUACAAUAUCACUUUAGCAAAGAAAUACAUCAGCCUUCUCCCGGUAAUUCCCGUCACCUUUCACUUGAGCCCCCAGGAGGCCAUUGACACGCGUCACCCUCAGGACACCAGACACCCUCCACCACCGAUCCCUAAAGCCUCUGCAGACAUACAGACAGACCUCACCCUCUACAAGGUUGCUGCUCUGGGCCUGGCUGCAGGGGUCCUGCUGGUUCUGCUGCUCUUCUGCCUCUACCGCGUCCUCUGCCCCCGUAACUACGGCCGGAACGGCGUGGCUCACGGGCGCCGGCGCCGCGGCGACCUGCCCUGCGACGACUACGGCUAUUCUCCUCCUGUCAGUGAGAUCUCGCCUCUGCUGCUGCGGGGCCACAGUAUGGACAUCGAGUGCUUGGCGAGCGACGGGAUGUUGCUGGCCAGCUGCUGUUUGGCGGGACAGAUCCGUGUUUGGGACGCCCAGACCGGUGACUGUCUGACGGUCAUCCCCAAGCAAAGGUUAAGGCGAUGCAGCAGCAGUGGCUGCUGGGAGCAGCGGGACGUCUGGGACACGGUGAGCGGCGCCGCGGAGUCGGAGUGCGGCUGCGAUUCUCACGAGCCGUCCGUGGGCGGCGACGGCGCGCCGGAGGACGACAGCUACCUGCUGAGGCAUCGCGCCGCGCCCAGCCGGCCCCCCCUCUUCACCGACCAGCCCGACCUGACGCCGCUCAUCGACACCAACUUCGCCUCCCUGCCGCCCUCCAACCUCUCCACGCCACCCAGAGGAGGCUUUGACUUUGGAGGCCUGGUGGAACGCGCCUACAUGGAGCACGAGGCUCCGUCGCCGGCCGCCUACCCGCCUCCUUCCUCCUCCUCCUCCUCCUCGCCUCCCUCCGCCUCGCAGCUCCAGAGAAGUCCGAGCCUGGGGGAGGCGUCCGGGCCCCCGCACCCAGACAGAGCCUCCGGGGCUGGGGCCGCGUCGGCUGCAGACUGGGAGAGCUCGGUCUGGGCCAUGGAGCUGAGAGGAAACCUGAUAGCUGCUGGGAGGAGCAGCGGCAAGCUGGAGCUGUGGGAUGCAGUAGAAGGGUCUCUGCGGUGCAGCAACGAAGAUGGAGUCUCGGGCAUCACAGCUUUGGCGUUUCUAAAUAACAGAAUCGUGGCGGCGCGACUGAACGGCUCGUUGGAUUUCUUCACCGUUGAGAUCAACAAACCUCUGGGUCUGCUGCAGUACAGAGGAGCCCCCGGGCGAGGCAGCAUGCCCCCGUCCCCCUGUUACAGCAGCGAGGACCUGAUCAGCUGUCAGCUCACUCGCUCCGUGCAGUGCGCCCACCAGAAGCCGAUCACGGUGCUGCGAGCCGCCGCCGGCCGGGUGGUCACCGGCAGCCAGGACCACACAGUCCGGGUUUAUCGGCUGGAGGACUCCUGCUGCCUCUUCACCCUGCAGGGUCACUCUGGGGGCAUCACGGCCAUCUACAUCGAUCAGACGAUGGUUCUAGCGAGCGGCGGGCAGGACGGCGCCAUCUGCCUGUGGGACGUCCUGACGGGAAGCCGCGUCAGCCAUGUCUACGGUCACCGCGGCGACGUCACCUCCCUGGUCUGCACUACCUCCUGCGUCAUCAGCUCAGGGCUGGACGACCUGAUCUGUAUCUGGGACCGCAGCACCGGCAUCAAACUCUACUCCAUACAGCAGGAGGUGGGCUGCGGCGCCAGCCUCGGCGUCAUCUCCGAGUCGCUGCUGGUGACGGGCGGCCAGGGCUGCGUCUCCUUCUGGGACCUGAACUUCGGCGACCUGCUGCAGACCGUCUACCUGAGCCAGAGCGCCGACGGUCAGGGCGUGCGGCAGCUGCUGGUGCUCGACAACGCCGCCAUCGUCUGCGACUUCGGCAGCGAGCUCAGCUUGGUCUACGUGCCCUCGGUGCUGGAGAAGCUGGACUGAGGAGUCAGCGCUGCUCUGGUGACGCCGUUUUUUUUAAUAUCCG